UCCACUCGCACCGCAGAUGGCGGCCUCCAGGCCUGGUUGCUACCUAGGGGCGGUGAAGGCUCAGCGGCGGGAAGGAUAUGGACUGUAUGUUUAUCCUAAUCCUUUUUUUCAAUAUGAAGGAGAAUGGAAACAAGGAAGAAAACAUGGUCAUGGUAAGCUGUUAUUUAAGGAUGGGAGUUAUUAUGAAGGCGAGUUUGUAGAUGGAGAAAUUAUGGGAAAUGGAUUGCGAUAUUGGGCAUCUACAGGAAACACUUAUUCAGGUCAGUUUGUUUCUGGAGAGCUCCAUGGACAUGGAGUUAUGCAGUACAAAGACGGUGGGAAAUAUGAAGGGGAGUUCUCCUAUGGAAUGAGAGAAGGACAUGGAUUACUUGUUGACAAAGAUGGACAAACUUAUCAAGGAACCUUUUACAAUAAUAAGAAACAUGGAGGAGGGAAAAUGACCUUCAAGAAUGGUGAUAAGUACGAAGGAGACUGGAUCCUGGACCAGCAACAGGGUCAUGGGGUGCUGCACUGUGCCGAUGGAACUAUAUAUGAGGGACAGUGGAGAAAUGAUGUGUUCAAUGGACAGGGCACUGAAAUUCAUUGUUCUGGUGUCAUCUAUGAUGGACUGUGGAUCAAUGGCUACCCUGCUGCUCAAGCAAAGAAGAUAGUAAUUUUGGGCCCAGAAGUUAUUGAUUUAAUCCAAGGGUCUGCUAUCACUCUUCAUGUCCAGCUACAGAAUGAAGAAGGAGAAGUUUGUGAAUAUGAGAAUGGUCGACUUUUGGAGAUCUGGGCUGGAGUCAAAAACCAUCAAAUUCCAGCAAGUUCUUCUACCAGCUUAUUCAAGUUAAUUGAAGAAGUUGAAAGGAAGCCAGUGAAAACCCCUUUUGGAUUUGAGUGUAUUAGCUAUCCUUUGAUGGAUGCUGUAUCUGGAAGCUGGGAACUGAAAGCUGCUGUCCCUAUAUCUGGCAAAUCUGGAUUUGCACUGGCUGAUUUACCAAUCCCUAAGGGAGAUAUAGAGCCAGAAUCCAAAUCAGACACCUUGCUUGGAAUGAGAGAUGCCCCUAGCACCGAGGAUGGCUUUGAAGGUGAAAGUCUCCGUCCUCCAGCCAGUUCGAGAGUGGAGCGUGGCUGUGUUGUUUUCAGAAACAUCAUGCUUGCACCUCCUCCAGCUAAUUAUCAACCAUUCAUGCUUUUGGAUGAACUAAACAAGAAAAGAGGCAAAAAGCCAAGUGGAAGGAUAUCUGCUGAGAAGAUGACAGUCUCACAGGAGAAAAUUGUAGACAACAGGUCUGAAGUGACAGCGAAAGAGUACAAGUCAAAACAGGGUCAGCACUCCAUGAAGAACUCUAGGGUAUUGCCAGGCCAGUAUGUGAUUAUGGUCCAUGAAGUGACCAUGCCCCCAUUCUUGGGCCAGACUCUCCCACCUGCUUUCAAACUCUUGAGGGUUUUGCCAGAGAAAACCAAAGUCAAGAAUAUUAAAAUGGAAACUGUGAAAGCCACCAGCACAUAAAGAAGGAACAUAAAUGUGUAAAGAGUCAGGACCUUUAUCCAGCACCCACUGAAGUCAGUGGAAUUUUUACCAUUGAGUACAAUGGGAGUUGGAUUGAGUUCUUGAGCCUUGAUCAUGCCCAUGCAGUUGGGGUUUAAGUUUAAAUAUCGUGGACUAAUCAAAGCAAAGAAAUAAUUGACCACCAGAGAUCCAUUUCAAACUGGUCCUGUCUUGUAAAAUUUUAGAAGACAAAUAGAUUUUUGAGAUUGUAUUAUGAGAAACAGGUAAAAGACUUCAAUGAAAUCUAUUUUUCAUCAGUACAAUAGAACCGCAAACUUAUGAACACCUCAGGAAUGGAGGUUGUUUGUAACUCUGAAAUGUUGAUAACUCUGAACAA